UUAAGCUGAGAAGCGGCUCGCGGGUUUUUACUAUCCCAGCGCGCGCAGAGAAGCAGCCGAACCUUUGUCCUGCUGGUUCCGACCCAACAUGGCCACCCCUCCUAAGCGGCUCCGUGGUUCUUCACGCAGACACCGGAAGGUCUCCAUCGAGGGGAACAUCGCUGCAGGGAAAUCUACCUUCGUCCGCCUGCUGCAGGCCUCCUCCUGCUCCUCGGACUGGGAGGUGAUCCCAGAACCGAUCGGGAAAUGGUGCAACGUCCAGAACAGUGAGGACAUCUACCAGGAGCUGAGUUCCUCGCAGAAGAGUGGAGGGAACCUCCUGCAGAUGUUGUACGACAAACCGAGCCGCUGGGCAUACACCUUCCAGAGCUACGCCUGCCUCAGCAGAGUUCGUUCUCAGCUUCAGUCUCCGUCAGCUAAACUACUCCAGGCAGAAAACCCGGUUCAGUUCUACGAGCGAUCCGUUUACUCAGACAGGUUGGUGUUUGCAUCCAGCCUGUUUGAGAGUGGCGACCUGCUGGAGACGGAGUGGAGCGUCUACCAGGACUGGCACAGCUGGCUGCUGAAGCAGUUCGAGGCCGACAUCGCACUGGACGGCAUCAUCUACCUCAGAGCCCCCCCAAAGCGCUGCAUGCAGCGGCUGCUGCACCGCGGCCGCGAGGAGGAGCAGGGCGUUCCUCUGGAGUACCUGGAGCAGCUUCACCUCAAACACGAGGCGUGGCUCUACCACAGGAACCUCAGGAUGGACUUUGAGUACCUCCAAGACCUUCCUGUCUUGGUUCUGGAUGUGGAUAAAGACUUCCAGAACGAUCCGAUCAAGCAGGAGGACAUCCUAGAAAAGGUCAAAGACUUCCUCACCCUGUUGUGAAGCUCUUCCAAUCAGAGCUCAGAGUGUCAGCAUCCAGGCUCCUGAUUGGUCAGCAGCUCUGGGUUUUUUGUAAAGUUUAAUUUUUUUAUUUUUUUUAUUUGGAGAGAAAAAAAAGUCCUGUGUGUGUGUGUAUAGACAAUGGUGUGAUCUUUUUUUUUUUUUUCUACAUGCCAGCUCCUUCGGGUUUCUUCUGCUCUUAACUGCACGAAACGUUCGAGCAGAACGAGUCGUGAUGUUUUCAGGGUCACAGCUAGCUUCUGUAAAUAAAUGAAAUCUGACCCAAACUG